AGAAAAGCUUAGGCGAAGAAGCAUAGAUUGAUGACCCAAAUAUUGCCUCGCCCUUCUCAACCAGGAACUUCAAAUAGCUAAAGCAAACUCGUGAUAGUACAUGAUAGGAAGAAGGAGGUCGCAAUCUUGACUCUCAAAGUUUGACAUCGCUACAAGGCUGGAAAGAGUAAAGAUAUAGGUAUAGCUCCGGAGCUGCUUACUGGCCCUCGGCUGAUGUUGUCUUCUUCGUAGAGUGAACGUGAGACAAGAAAAUGAUCAUCCACCACUGACACGCUCCUCAGAAAUCAAGAUGGCCGCCGCCCCUGCCGACAGCCUAGGUACUGAAUUAGAGUGUGCCAUCUGCUCCGAUCAACUGAAACAGCCGAAGUAUAUCGGUUCCUGCACACACACAUUCUGCAAGGAGUGCAUCGAUAAGUAUUGGGUCUCCCUUGAGAAGCGGAGAACAAUUCCUUGUCCACAAUGCCGCGAAGAAUGCCCAAUCCCGUCAAAUGGCGUGGAUGACCUGAAGGAUAACUUCAUGGUAACCAACAUCAUAGAGACAUAUCGAAAGCAACAACAGAAAGCUGCACUUCUCACGGAAAUCAAAUGUACCUUGUGUCCGAAUGGAGCGUCCUGUUUUUGCAAAGAUUGUGAUUUAAAAUUAUGUCCUGAAUGCAAACGAAACCAUGACCGUAACCCCCAAAAUCAUGACCACCACUUAUUUCGUCUCUGCCGCUCCCAUGGCAAUGGAUUGUUGUUUUUCUGCAAUCCUUGCAAACAGGCUGUCUGUGGUGGCUGCAGAUUAUCUGAUCACAAAGCCUGUAACCACGAGGUGACACCAAGCCGUCAAGUUGCUAUCAACUUAAUAUCAAGAAUCCAAGCCUGUUCGGCUGAACUAGAAGACGCGAUUAGGACUCAACUUGGAAACCAAGAAACGAAACUGUCGGGGCUUCGUGACAUUGUCCAGCAACAGUCGACUUCCGCUGAAAAGCAAGCGACUGUCGGUACCGAAAAUAACAUAGCUAAGAAUAGGAAAGACAUCCGGGAUCACCAGGCAAAGAGUCAAACGAUACAAAAGAAAAUCGAUAUCUUAUUGAAGAAAAAGGAGAAGGAGGAUGAAAUUACAAAGCAACUCGUCAAAGACGUAGACAAACUCGAGAAAGAGAAGGCAAAAAUCAUCGCAAGCGUCAGAGAGAAGUUCACCAAAUCAUCUGAGAAGAUCAACCUACGUCUUCGAUCCCUUGAGACCCGUAGGCAAGAAAUGAAUACAAAAAUAGAGCAGGGCCGAGCAGUAGGAUCUACCAAGAUCACCAUUGAUACCGAGAGCAUUGCUAACCUGACCAGUAUCAGUCAGGAACUCGUGGACUUAGUCGGUGCUUUAAGGGACAGUGACACUGUGGCUGUGAUAGAGGAAGUCACGAGAUCGAUCGGUAAAACAAAGCAGGAUUUCCGACAAUUGAAGAAGGUGUGUAACUUUCCCUUUCCAGGAAAUCAGCUGCGUCGGAUAGUUUACCGAUUGAAGCAUCUACCUGACUCUCGCCUUGCUACAUUAGCCCACUCUAGUGGUGGUUGGGGGUCUCGCCUUGCUACAUUAGCCCACUCUAGUGGUGGUUGGGGGGACACGAUUUACUUCCAUGACGAAGUAUCUUCUUCACUGACGGGCACAAUCACAGAGGGAGUUUACCCUGCUCAAGACAUGGCCUUAACAUCCACUGGUGAAGUAGUAGUGGCAAGAUUGAAAGAGCCGCCCAUUAGAGUGUUCAAGCCUGCUACUGGUGCAUACCGUGAUAUUAACAUUGCCCAUGAUGGGAAGGUGAUUGUUGAGCUGUGGUCGGUUGAGACUGAUGAGUCUGACAACAUGUUUGCCUUAACUUCUUUGAGUAAUUCAUUUCUUCUUGUUGUGAAACCGAAUGGCACCGUCAUUCAGUGUAUCAGGUUAACUGGACCUUCUCACCGUAUGGGUUUCUGUUCACUGAAUAGAACCCUAUACAUCGCUGCUUGUGACAGGAUCCUGAGGUUUCACUGGAGUAAUAACAUCCUUGAAGAGAUCUCAUCAUGUUCACACGGCGUGGAAGGAUUCCUUUGCAAUUAUGUUUGCAUUGGUAGUGGUGGCGAGGUGUUGGUGGCUGGUUGGAUGAGGCAUGGUGAUAUCGGUAUCUACCAGGUGACAGAAGGAGAAGAUGAGGAGGACAUGGUAUGGAGGGAGAUAAAGUAUCAAGAUGGUGAGAAGAGAACAAUCCGUAACUUAUCGCACCAUAUCUGCAUCAAUUAUGAUAAUCUCUGGCUUGCAUAUAAUGACAAGUUUGAGAAGUUCAAGUUGGUUUAAAUAUUGGGUGUAUGUAGACCUACAUUCUUGUGUUGACACCACCCUACAGUCUUAGAUAACAUAAGAAGCAUUCAUGUACCAGGAUCGGAUCUAGCGGGAUACAACGUCUUCGAAAAACCUGUUCGUCAUACAGAUUUAGACGCUUUUGUGACACAAUCUGGUGUUAAAUUGCCAAAGAGAUAAAACGGCCCCGGAUACCAUUAGAUGGAUAAGAUAUUUUUAGUAAAUUGGAUAGAUAUUUGUCAUAUAAUUAUUGUGCGAUAGAAGUACUGGUAGACGUUGUUUGGCACCAUUACGACAUUAGGUCCAUGUUCAUAGUUAAAGCCAAAAUGCGUUUUUUCCUAUGAUGCAUGCAGUACAGCUUCCUCUUUUAAAAAUUCUUUGAAAUUGUCAUUGGUAUAAGAUCAUAUGAUAUUGGAACAUAUCUUCUUAGCGUAUUUUAUGAUAGGACUUAUUGAUAUACUAUUGGUUUAUUGGGACUGGGGGUAACUAUAUACCUUAGAUCUAGAAAAUCGUCCUCCCUUACUCGUCAUGUUGGAAAAAAUGCGCCGUUUUAUGCAUCGAUUUACGUGUAACUUUGUAUUGCUAUAUCGAGAGACAACUCCAUACGUUGUCCUCCAAAACUAUCACCCAAAACCGUUGGCGAAGCUCAAGCAUGAGAAGUUUUGACAUCGCUACAAGGCUGGAAAGACUAAAGCCAUAGUUAUAGCUCCGGAGCUGCUUACCGGCCCUCGGCUGAUGUUGUCUUCUUCGUUGAGUGAACGUGAGACAAGAAAAUGAUCAUCCACCACUGACACGCUGCUCAGGUAGGAUCACUUUACGAGAACAAUUUGGACAAAUCGAUUUCUGUUUCGCCUCUUGAAGCUUUCAUUCAUGAUUGCCUUUCGGCAAAAAACUGUCGGCUAUCUUUUUUAAUAAACCAUCAUCCAAACACAGUAAUGUCCGAUUCCACCAAAACGUUUUCCAGCUGCGGUCAUCGCCACGAUGGAACCAUUUUCAGCCCAGCGGUAACUGUAGUAUUUGGUGAUUUAAAUUAUAAGCUCGGCUGGUUGGUGAGAAGCGGGAGUGUUGGUCAAAGGACGCCAUACGCACCCGCAUUUUAAUCACCAAAUAAACGCUUAAGCCAAACGCACUGUGGCGCAGCGGCGACUUGCGCAGGAAACCCUUACCACUCUGAUAUGCAACCCCCCCCCCCCCCCCCCCAAUACACAUUCUUCUCUAAUUAUCUUCUUACCUACAUAGCCAUGGGGGUCGGCUAGAAAACUAUACGAUAUUGAUAUACCUUCUAAACCGUAAGUCGCCUAGUUUUCUUCUAACCUUCCUAGGGUUACAUUAUCUUUUAACCUCUCGACGAACAAUUUGGUGACAAGGACACCCUCAAUAAAAACAUUGAUUGUCGUCCUAAGGUGGUCAUCAGGACACCUCUCUAGUAAGGACAGCACGAUAUCCUUGAUAAAGAGGAUUAGAAUGUGUGUCAUAUGACUUUAGCUAUCAUUAGUUUGGGAUUCGAUAUAUCGUCAUCCCAGCACGAUAAACAUCCACAACUGGUCGCCCAGAGACCUCGGCCCGGUUGUUCGUUACCAAGAAAAAAUGACGUCACACACGCAAAUGAUAACAAUAAUAAUAAUAAUAAUGAGUCUUUUAUAUAGCGCAAUUCGGUGACAAUAUAGUUAUCGCUCAAAGCGCUUUGGGAUAUCAUAAUAUUACCUCGGUCUCCACAGAAAUCAAUCAGGGGUUUCAAGGAAACAACCAGAAGGUGCUCACUUGAACUCGACCAGUAGGGGAACUAAGCAGUGACUCGGCCGGGAGUCGAACCCACGACCUCCUGAUCAUGAGGCCGACUCUCUUCCACUGCGCUACCGCUGCCCCUGAUAACUGAGGACGUCUCCAUCUGACCAGCGCCAGAUGAUCUCAAGCUUGGGUCUGGGCGCGGUUGUAGAAAACAAUUUUGUCACUUCCAAGGGCGUUUACCGAACUUGGCGCUGAGUGUAAUGGACUUAACUGAAGGCAAAUAUACUUGCUGUAGGGGAUAAUGCCAAGUUAAGUGAACGCCAGUGUUAGUUACUAAACUUGCGACGACAGGCAAAUUCAAAAACAGGUACAACUAAAUUUAUGUCGUAUCAGCUUAUAAACCUAUGUAGCUCACAAGUAAAACACAGAAGUAAUAAAGUAUGCAUGUUACAUGUACAUUGUAUGUUACAUAACGAACAGCCUUAGCAAUAGACCUAAUAAAUAAACAAUGUCACUAUGAAUAUAAA